UUCUCUCUAUUCUCACUCAAAUCUUCUUUCCUCUGCCUUCCUUCGCUUCCCUCUUCUCUCACCAAAAUCUGAGAGAAAGAAAGAGAGACAGUACUGUAAUCCGAGUAAGAGAGAAAGAAAAAUGAAAAUGCAGACGAAGAAGCUCUUUAUCACCAUUGUCUCCUUUCUUCUCUAUGCUCCAUUGUUCUUAUCUUCACCAGUUCCAGACCCAGAAUCUGUUGUUGAAGAAGUUCACAAGAGCAUUAAUGCGUCGGUUGCAGGAAGAAGGAAGUUAGGUUACCUCUCAUGUACCACCGGUAACCCAAUCGACGACUGUUGGCGAUGUGACCCACACUGGGAGCAACACCGUCAACGUCUCGCCGACUGCGCCAUUGGGUUCGGCAAAAACGCCAUCGGUGGCCGUGACGGUCGGAUCUACGUGGUCACCGACUCAGGAAACGACAACCCAGUUAGCCCCAAGCCCGGAACUUUAAGACACGCCGUGAUCCAAGACGAGCCACUCUGGAUCAUCUUCCAACGAGACAUGACGAUUCAGCUCAAAGAAGAGCUAAUCAUGAACUCUUUCAAGACCAUUGAUGGUCGUGGAGCUUCCGUACACAUUUCUGGUGGGCCUUGUAUAACGAUCCAGUACGUGACCAACAUUAUCAUCCAUGGGAUUCAUAUCCAUGAUUGCAAGCAAGGUGGGAACGCUAUGGUGCGGAGCUCCCCACGGCACUUCGGAUGGAGAACGAUAUCGGACGGUGACGGUGUCUCUAUCUUUGGAGGGAGUCAUGUUUGGGUUGACCAUUGUUCGUUCUCUAAUUGUGAAGAUGGACUCAUUGAUGCUAUAAUGGGCUCAACGGCUAUCACUUUGUCUAACAAUCACAUGACACAUCAUGAUAAGGUCAUGUUGCUUGGUCAUAGUGAUACUUACAGUCGUGACAAGAAUAUGCAAGUCACCAUUGCUUUUAACCAUUUUGGUGAAGGCCUUGUCCAAAGAAUGCCCAGGUGUAGACAUGGGUACUUCCAUGUGGUGAACAAUGACUACACACAUUGGGAGAUGUAUGCGAUUGGAGGAAGUGCUAAUCCUACAAUCAAUAGUCAAGGGAACAGAUUUUUGGCCCCCAAUAUCAGAUUUAGCAAAGAAGUGACUAAGCAUGAGGACGCGCCUGAGAGCGAGUGGAAGAGAUGGAAUUGGAGAUCUUCCGGAGAUUUGUUGCUAAACGGUGCGUUUUUUACGCCGUCUGGCGGUGCAGCCUCGUCUAGCUAUGCCAAGGCUUCGAGCCUUGGAGCUAAACCGUCUUCUCUAGUUGGACCAUUAACGUCUACUUCUGGUGCACUGAAUUGCCGUAAGGGGUCUCGUUGUUGAUUGUGGCUUAGUGGUCACACUUAAGUUUUUACCCAAUUUAUAAUUAUAUAGGAAAAGGCAAUUAAAGCCACCAAUUAAGGGGGAUAAGUAGAGUAGUAAGUCUUCUUUCUUUAUCCCUUGAUUUACUCUCUUUUUUUUCUUUCUUUAUUUGGGUAAAAUUGAAGGAGAAUACAACCUCUGGCUUGCUGCUCUUAGGAGCCUUCUUAAGGAUUCUCUGUUUUAAGGAAUCUUUAAAUUAGGUUAAAGUGUGGGAACAAGUGCAGAUGUGUUGAUCUUGAUAUUAAUAUAAAUAUAAUUUUGUGUCUUA